CGAAAGCCCAAACUCGAAUCGAUUGCUAGUGAAGUCGUUGGUCGUUACAUACAUCCUCCUUCCCUUCUGUGAAAUGGCGUGCAGCACUUACAAUUAUCUUCACCUCCCUCGCAAAAUCCGAUACUCACUUGCUUCUUCCCUCUUUAUCUCCAAACCUUCUCAUGCUUUUCCCAGUACAUUUACCACACCGUUUCCUUCUCCAUCUCACACUCCAAUCAAAUUUAAUGUAUCAGUAAAAUUCAGUACCCAAUCAGUUUCAGUUUCACCCACCAAUACAUUCACCUGGGACGACGUCGUUCGGAUUUCUCAACCGGAUAGCGUUCCACAUGAUUCUUCGGACCUCUCAGGCUUCUUCCAGAAAGUCAAAAUCUGCAAUCGCGGAUCGGAAAAGCAAUCUGAGUUUCUUCCAUUUGUCAUUGAAGACCAAAUCGCUGGUUAUAUUCAUAAUGGUUUUGCUAACCAUUUAAGGAGGUUCAAGGAUGUGUUUAUAUUUCCUCAAGAUAAUUCUUAUGGAGGCCGCAUUGGCAGCCAUGUGACCUUACACCCGAUGCUGAGGACACCCGAUGAUAGGACUAAUGCAGUUGGAGAUGUGGUCAAAUUUUUGGGGGAAGAACUAAUUCCAGGUAUACGGAACGAGCUAUACCCUGUGACAUCAUCCUUUGGUGCACCAAUCUUUUUUUCACUGGAACGUGCUGCAGCUCCUUACUUUGGAAUAAAGGCUUAUGGGGUUCACAUGAAUGGCUAUGUUGAGAAGGAUGGGCAAAAAUUUUUGUGGAUAGGGAAGAGAAGUCAAAUGAAACCCACUUAUCCAGGGAUGCUUGAUCAUCUAGCUGCUGGAGGACUGCCUUAUGGGAUUGCUUGUGGUGAGAAUCUUGUGAAGGAAUGUGAAGAGGAAGCAGGAAUACCCAAAUCCAUUUCUAAAGAGGCUAUACCAGUUGGCGUUGUUUCCUAUAUGGACAUUGAUGGUUACAGAUAUAAGAGAGAUGUUCUAUUUUGUUAUGAUUUGAAGCUGCCUGCAAGCUUUAGACCUGAGAAUCAAGAUGGAGAGGUGGAUAGCUUCAAGUUGAUUCCUGUGACACAUGUAGCAAACGUCAUACAGAGGACACAGUUUUUCAAGUCAAAUUGCUCUCUUGUCAUCAUUGAUUUCUUGUUUCGACAUGGGUACAUGAGUCCUGAACAUUUUGGAUACUUAGAUCUACUACAAAGUUUGAGGAGUGGGGAUUGCUCCUAAUCAUACUUUUUAAUUGUAAUGUUUUCCUUUGUUUUUUUAAUAUCUAUUUUAACUUUGGCUAAUUAUAGUCUUAUGAAGGAAGAAAGGGUUGGGUGUUGUAAGAAUCAAUUUUUUAUUAGUAGCUUCCUGUAUCUUUUGGGUGAAACUUGGGCCAAGACAUUUUGUGAAAACGAAAAAAGUUCAUGCCACCACAAUUACUGAAUGAGAGAUAUGGCACUACCGACGUUUGUUGGAAA